UGAUGACCAAUUUGGACAAGAUGAAAAAUGCAAUUUUCAGCUUGCCAUAAACGCAGUCCACUAUUCCACUCCACUCACCUACUCACCCCCAAUUUCAUUCCUAUACAGUAAGCUUUCAUCAGCAUCUCACUGAGUUAUAGUGGAUAAAGUUCUCUACCAAAAAGAAUAAAAAAAAGUUCUUCAAUGGCGUUAUCACUCAGUCAGCUGAAGCAAUUCGACGGCAGCGACCCAUCAAAGCCGAUCUACGUUGCCGUCAAAGGAAGGGUCUUUGAUGUGACCGCCGGCAAGUCUUUCUACGGCCCAGGUGGGAGCUACUGUAUGUUCGCCGGGAAGGAUGCCAGCAGGGCUCUGGCCAAGAUGAGCAAAGAGGAAGCGGAUAUUUGUGGAUCUCUGGAUGGUCUCACAGAGAAAGAGAUGCAGACACUGAAUGAUUGGGAGAAGAAGUUUGAGGCUAAGUACCCUGUUGUUGGCAGUCUUUCUGAAUAAAAUGUUUAAUUGUGUAUAAUAAUCAAAGGGGUUUCCAAUAUACCCAAUUACGUGCUUGUUGUGGUAUUGUUGCUGAUAUGGAUUUGUGUAAUUAUGGAGACAUAUGAUCUGUGGUGCUGUAAUCGGGUAUUACCAUACUUCUGCCAAUUUGAAUAAAUGAAAUGAUUCUGGUUUGUUGAUUGUUGAAGUUUUCAAUUACACUAUAAAUUUUAUCUCUUUCUUCUUGGAUUAGUUACGUGAUUUGAGUGAGGUAAAUAGUUGAAUAUGUUCAGAGAUUAAACUUUAGAAAAUUGCUUUGUAAUUUGAGACGGAAGGGUAUCUUUAGACUUUGGUGUUUAGUUCUUGAAUCAAGGAACUGACAUAUGUUACUUCGCUUUCGGGUUUCACAUUUUCGCUAACUUGAGUUACUGUCAAGCGAAAUGAAUAUCUGCAAAUGUUUCAAGUUAUUGGAUUGUUGGCAUGUGGACUGGAUUAAGUAAUGCAUUCAGCUAGCCUUUUGUAUUUCCGCCUAGUUGUGUUGUCUGAGCGGAGAUACCAAAUGCUUGGUGAUUUUGGUUGUCUUAUGCUUUCGAUUUCAACUAGGGAUUCUUCUUUAGCAGUUAUGAUGGGUGCGUCCCCAGCCUUUUGAUCCUCGCCAAGUGAUAUAGCAUAGAAGAUGUCUGAAAUGACUCUCUUUGCUAAGUCUAAUUGCCGAUGAUCAUUUUACGUGUCUCUAUGAAUUUUCCAAAGCUCUAGGCUAAUUAGUUUCCUUAGUUGCUAUUGAAAUUCUCUUUUGCUAAUGCGGAAAUGAAAUCCAAAAGCAUUUUGGAAUUAGAUUUGAGCUUUACUGUUGCAAGUGUUUACUCAAGUGAUGAGGUACCUGUAUUAAUUUGUUGCUUUUUCUGCUCAUGUGUAUAAUCGGAUUUGAUUUCUUUUCUUCCCUUUGGCUUACAUUGUUACCAGUCUAAGUGAAGUGCAGCCUAAAAAAGUAGUAAAAUUCUGGUUUCAUCUGAUCUUGGUAGGAUUCUAGUUUUUUCAUUGAUCUUCUUAGUAUCUUGCCUAUGGCCUAGGGUACAUACUGCGUGCACCUUAGUAUCAAUUAAAGAUUGAGGAUCUACUUAAAUUGUUUAGUUUUCAUCAUUGAACCUAAUUAUUGAUUUACGAACUGCAAGCCUUCAACCCCCAU